GGACCCUCCGCCCAGUUCGCCGCAACUACUACGAUCCGUCCUCGGCCCCCGGGAAGGGCGUGGUGUGGGAGUGGGAGAACGACAACGGCUCCUGGACGCCCUACGACAUGGAGGUGGGCAUCACCAUCCAGCACGCCUAUGAGAAGCAGCACCCCUGGGUGGAUCUCACGCCCAUCGGCUUCAGCUACGUCAUCGACUUCAGCACCAUGGGCCAGAUCAACCGGCAGACCCAGAGGCAGCGCCGCGUGCGCCGGCGCCUCGACCUCGUCUACCCCAUGGUCACGGGCUCCCUGCCCAAGCCGCAGUCCUGGCCGCUCAGCCCCGCACUGCCCACCUCACCCCCCGGGCCUCCCUGCGCCUGUCCACAGUGUGUGCUGGUCAUGAGCGUCAAGGCGGCUGUGGCCCACGGGAGCACCGCACCCCAGCCCUCCACAGCGACGCGCAAGAACAGUGCACCCCACUCCGGGGCCACAAAGGUGCCUCCGGCCCUGGGCCCUGGGCCCAAGCCCCUGGACAGCACAGGCACCAUGCGAGGCCUGGGCAAGCCCGCCCCAGCGCAGGCCAUCCGGAGACAGGCCACCAGCAUGGUGCCGGGGACCGCGGCGGGCUCUCCUGCCAGCCCGCCAGGAGCUGACAGCAAGACCAGGAGGGUGGCCCUGGCCACUCUGAAUCGGAACAACCUGCAGCGGCUGGCCAUCGCCCAGUCCCGGGUGCUGAUUGCCUCCGGGGUCCCCACCGUCCCAGUGAAGAAUUUAAACGGGUCGAGUCCUGUGAAUCCCGCCUUGGCAGGAAUCACCGGGAUCCUGAUGAGCGCCGCGGGGCUGCCCGUGUGCCUCACCCGACCGCCCAAGCUCGUCCUGCACCCACCCCCCGUCAGCAAGAGCGAGAUAAAGUCCAUCCCGGGGGUCUCCAACACGAGCCGCAAGACCACCAAAAAGCAAGCCAAGAAAGGCAAAACCCCGGAGGAAGUGCUGAAGAAAUACCUGCAGAAGGUCCGGCACCCGCCCGAGGAGGAUUGUACCAUCUGUAUGGAGCGCCUCACAGCGCCCUCGGGCUACAAGGGCCCACAGCCGACGGUCAAGCCGGACGUGGUGGGCAAGCUGUCCCGGUGUGGCCACGUCUACCACAUCUACUGCCUGGUCGCCAUGUACAACAACGGGAACAAGGACGGGAGUCUGCAGUGUCCAACGUGUAAGACCAUCUAUGGGGUGAAGACAGGGACCCAGCCGCCGGGGAAGAUGGAGUACCACCUCAUCCCCCACUCCCUGCCCGGCCACCCCGACUGCAAAACCAUCCGGAUCAUCUACAGCAUCCCCCCUGGGAUUCAGGGCCCAGAACACCCAAAUCCUGGGAAGAGUUUCAGCGCCCGAGGCUUCCCGCGACACUGUUACCUUCCGGACAGCGAGAAGGGGAGAAAAGUCCUGAAGCUGCUGCUUGUGGCCUGGGAUCGGCGCCUCAUCUUUGCCAUCGGCACCUCCAGCACCACGGGCGAGUCUGACACGGUCGUCUGGAACGAGGUGCACCACAAGACAGAGUUCGGCUCUAAUCUCACUGGCCACGGCUACCCGGAUGCCAAUUACCUGGACAACGUGCUGGCAGAACUGGCUGCCCAGGGCAUCUCUGAGGAUAGCACUGCCCAGGAGAAAGACUGAGGCUGGAGGGGUUCUGAAGUCGGGGUGGGGACGAUGGGACUGCAGGGCAGGAGAGGGUAGGGGAGGCAAGGCGGAAGUUGGUGCAGCACCCUCCUCUCGUGUCCUGUCUCCAUUCCCUGGCCCUCAGCCACGGAGGUCGGGGGGCGGGGCGGGGCGCAGAUAGAAUCGACGAUGUCAUUCGUAAGCCUCAUCCAACACAGGGGACGUGGAUGAGGGCCACGCUCUGUUCCCAUGGCCUUUUCGGUGCUGGUAGACAAGAACUCCCACCCCUCCCGCUCCCGGUAGGGGGCACGGUCAGCACAUUUGGGGAAUGGACGGUGUGUGCCACCCCAUACCCUGGCCUUGUGAAGCCGAGUUCCCUGCCUGAACCGGCUUCUUGCUGCUUCCACUCUGCUUGGAGAGUGGAGUUUCCCCUUUUCUCUCCUCCACUGGAGGAAGAGAGCUCUCACUGUGUAAGGCUGGGCAGGGCAACGGGGUGGACCACUGACCGCUGCGGCACCAGGGAUCAGAUGCCUUGGUGCGGAGCGAGGAGGCACUGUGGGGCCAAGAGGGACGGAGAAGCAAAGGCCCCCGGAGUGCUGCAGCUAUCGUCGCAGUCUCGGCUUCUCCGGCCUCUCCCCUCCUCGUCACUCUUGGACCUGUGCAAAGAGGCGUCCGGCUCUCUCAUGUGGAUGGGUGGACUCCGGGGCUCCUCUUUGGGGUGACAUCCUGCGAUGCUGUUCCCAGCCCCUCUGGUCAAACCAGAGCCUGCGUCCCACCGAACAUCCGCACUGUCCUCAGGGAGAGGAGCCCGUAGCCUUCUUCCCAACGCCUCCCAGACCAGCUCAGAGCCCGUGGGUUUCAUCCAGUCACUGUGAGUGGAGCCCGUGCUGGGCUCUGCACCCCCUGUGUCCGUGCAUGUGUGUGUGUGGGUGUGUGCACAUUUCCGGGCCGGGUGCGGGGAGAGACCCAUGACGUCCCUCACCUGUGUUCCACACGGUGCCGAACCCCAGUUCUGUGGGCCCUGAGCAGUCUGAGUGGUCCCUUGACUCUCCUCCCACUUGCCAGCCCAUCCCAGAAUAAAAUGGGAUCCUCAAGGAGACAGAACUGUGCUUUGGGAGACGCGCUGAGGUGAGAGCUGGACUGAGCCUUUUCUAGUUGUUUUUCAAGGUGGGCUGAGCACUUUCUUCUGUCCAGACUUGUUUCUGUGAGGGCUUCAGUCUGUCUGCACGCCCUUGGUGGCGGUGCUGCGCCUCUCGUCCCCUCAUCAGUUACAGAUUGACCUAGAGCAUGGCAGAUGCCUCUUGGGCUCAUUCCUAACAGGGCUGGGGCCACACUGUGGUCUGUGCUCCCUGGCAUCUAGGUUGUGUCCCACGUUCCUGUCUGUCUCCUCCCAAUGUCCUCUCACCUUUGGCUCCCGUUAAGGAAUGGAUUGGGGGUCAGGAGGCGAGGAGGCAGGGGAUCAAGAAGGGAAACCCAAUUCCCCUGAAAGCUCUGGGUGCUCUGGCAGAACUGGCUGCCCAGGGCAUCUCUGAGGAUAGCACUGCCCAGGAGAAAGUGGGUUCUUUGAACUAUGUGUUUGGGGGAAGUUCCUCUGGGUACUAAUUUGAAUUUAUAUACCUCAUGUUUUGGGGGUUUGACGUAUAUAUAUGCAUAUAUAUUUCAUAAGAUUUGGAAGGUUUUUGACACUAGAAAAAAUGGAAACAAAACAACCUUCAACAAUGGUACUAAAGUUAGUACUAAGGCCACACUUUGGGAGAGCCGGCUCUGUCACUGCUUGCUGUAGACCCUCAGCCAUUUUGAUGUUGGUGUGGCCAGUGGAUUCGCCUGAGUGUUACCUAAUUCAGUUCCUUAGGACGUGGUGGUGCUAAGUUUUUGCUUUCAAAAUGGCUCCAGGGACAUGAACUGGCUCCACCAGGGGGAACUCUAAUAAGAGGAAUGCUCCUGCCAUCUUGGUCCCAGUCUCCUGUAAGUGGGCGGCCAUUUUGUCUCACCAGCAGACCAACACGUGGUCUUUAGUUCACAGUACCUGGAAGUAGGUUUCUGCCCCUUUCUGGAGGGAAGCAGAACUAAAUGGAAGGGCUGGGGAUUUAGCUCAGCGGCACAGCGCCUGCCUGGCAAGUGCAUGGUCGUGAGUUCGAUUCCCGGUACCAGAAAAAAAACAAAACAAAAAAAAAGAACUAAAUGGAGGAAGCCUCCCUGAGGAGAUUAAUGUCGGGUUCUGUGCCCACUGCCGGGUCACCCUGUACCAAGACCACUGGAGAGCCUCACCGUAGAUGGACAGAGGCCUAUGUGUGGGAGACACAGUGACCAGGAGAGUGCAGGGAAGAAAUGAAGACAUGCUUUGACCACUGGAAUCGGGCAGUGGGUAGAGACUUGAUCAGGCAGAAGGUGAAAGUGGGGACAAGACUGCCAAGGGCAAAAGCGAGAGGACCCAGGAGGAUGCAGGAGGGGUCGGUGCGUGGCUGGCAGCACACCGAGAGCAGUCUCCAGGCCGUCAGGCCUCCCCUGAGGCCUUUGCCGCGUGCCUGUCCUCCUGUCUCGUCCUCUCUGAGGAUGCCGUUCUCCUGCCGCUCCCUUCGCUGGGCUUCCUGGGCAGAAGGGAUCUUGGAUCUCCCUUCCGGCAAGGACCCUUGCCCUUCCCCUUGUGCCAACCCGGAAAGGCGCAGUCUUUCCUCGGGUUCCGCGAGGAGCCGGCCAGCAGAGCGCUGUGCGCCACUGCCUGGAUACAGGCUGCCUCCCGCUGGGGACUGCCCUGGGCCGCCCGGCGGACCCCAGGUUCUUCCUUCCCUGGUCUCAACACCAGCGACCUUGUUGCCCCUCCCCCAGUCUCCAGGGAUGACGAAUGGGAGUGGACGCAAGCCUUGUCAGAUGCUCGUCCCCAAAGAGCACGUGGCGUCUGUGUGGUUGUGUGUGCCUUCGAGUUUUCAUCCCCUCCCUCCCCUCCGGAAAGUUGGGCUCUGUGGUUUUAUAUUUGGUCAGAGUGCUUGUCCCGGCAUGGCCCUGCUGUGUGCAUGAGAGGACUGGGGUGGGGGGCUGUGUGAUGCAGGAAGGAGCCCUGUCUGUGGUCACCGACAUCGGAGUGGGGCUGCUGGGGCAGGGCAGGUGAAUGCCCACACUUGAAUUGUUCUGUUUGUAACUGCUGUGAUUUGAAAUUCUUGGUGUUGCUCUGUGAGAGGACAUCGCCACCUGGUGCUCAUGGGGUGUAUGUGCAGAACAAUAAAUGGCAAAUGAGCAACCA